AUGGAUAAGUACACGAACAGACACCAUCCUGAUUUCAUUCCUGGUACUUUCAAUAUCUAUCAUUCUAAAUUAUUGGAAAAUGGAUUAAUCCAUGGUUCAAGAUUGAAAAAGGAUAGUAAUGGUGUUAUUUUAAUUCCACAACCUUCGGACUCUCCCAAUGAUCCUUUGAACUGGUCAGUCAUUAGGAAAUUGGCACAUUUUGCCUUGAUGGCAUUUAUCACUGCCUUCACUGCCGCUACUAGUAAUGACGCGGGUGCAGCACAAGAUUCUUUGAACGAAAUUUAUGGAAUCAGUUACGAUGCCAUGAACACUGGUGCAGGUGUCUUAUUUUUAGGUAUUGGAUGGGCCACCUUGUUCUUGGCUCCCUUUGCUAAUUUGUACGGAAGAAAGAUUACCUAUCUAAUCUGUAUCACAUUGGGUUUAUUAGGCGCAUUAUGGUUUGCGUUAGCAAGCAGUACCAAGGAUACCAUUUGGUCGCAAUUAUUUGUCGGGAUUAGUGAGUCCUGUGCUGAAGCUCAAGUUCAGUUGUCCUUGACUGAUAUUUAUUUCCAACAUCAACUUGGAUCUGUGCUUACCGUCUACAUUUUAGCAACAUCUAUCGGUACCUUCUUGGGACCUUUAAUUGCUGGUUACAUUGCUUCUUUGACUAGCUUCCGCUGGGUAGGCUGGUGUGCAGUCAUCAUAUCUGGGGGUUUAUUGGUAUGGAUUGUCUUUGGCUGUGAAGAAACCUAUUUCGACAGAAAACAAUAUCGUACUCCGUUGACCUCGCAGAAGGGAUAUAGUGGUGUUGAAGAUGGUUCUAGUUACCAAAACUCUUCAAACCUUUUGGAGAAGAAGACCAUGUUGAUUGAACAAUUUGCAGAUAGUAAGAAUAACGACUCUAAGAUGAACGAGGACUCGAAUGAAGUCACCAACAGAUAUGCCGAUUAUCCAGAGGCUUAUGAAAACGUUGAAGAAUUGAUCGAUGGUUCGAAAGAAAAAAUGAAACCGUAUUACAAAAGAAUUCAACUUAUCACCAAGUCUGGUAACCUUAGAGGGUAUGGUUUCAAGCAAUACUUCAAAUAUAUUGGUUUCAACUUGAGAAUGUUUUUAUUCCCACCUGUCUGGCUAUCUGGUAUGUUUUGGGGUAUUCAAGAUGUUUUUCUUUCCUUCUAUUUGACUACCGAGGAUACCGUGUUCUAUGAAGCGCCUUGGAACUACUCGGACUAUGGGGUUGCAAUUAUGAAUGUACCCACGUUGAUCGGGGCGGUCAUCGGAUGUUUCUACGCUGGUGUUAUUAGCGAUUAUUUUGUUUUAUGGAUGGCACGUAAAAAUAAUGGUAUCCUUGAAGCCGAAUACAGAUUAUAUUUUGCUGCUGCCACUGCUAUCAUCUGUCCAGCGGGUUUAUUGAUGUUUGGUAUUGGUACAGAUAGAAACCUACCAUGGCAAGUUAUUUAUGUUGGUUUGGGCUUUAUCGGUUUUGGAUGGGGUUGCUCAGGUGAUAUUGCCAUGUCUUAUCUAAUGGACUGCUAUCCGGAGAUGGUGCUAGAAGGUAUGGUUUGUACCGCUAUCAUCAACAACACAAUAUCUUGCAUUUUCACGUUUGUUUGUUCUUACUGGCUAGACGCAUCGGGGACUGAAAAUACUUACAUCGCUCUUGCCGUUAUAAAUUUCGCAGUCACACUUUUGGCCCUUCCUAUGUAUAUCUACGGAAAGAGAAUUCGAAUGUGGACCAAAAAGUGGUACAAUGCUUCCAUUGAUCUUAGAGAUGGUAUUUAA